UUUCAAAACAAGCUUGGUCUUGUUGCUCUUGUCGCUGAUUCCUAAUGUGCAUGGAUCUAUUUAACAACCUGAAAAAGUCAUCGUCUGCAUGGGCUUUGAAAUAUUCACAUCAGAACAAAAUGGCAACAAAAGAAGACAACAUCACUGGGCCUUGCUGCAGUAUUGGAAGUCUGUUAAAUCCACAUAAAGCAGGAACAAAAACAGCUCACAACUCACAGCCAUUUAUCAAACCAAAACUGGGAAUAAUGAAGCUGAAAGACCGACUCCUUAAAAAGUUCCAUGCACAGAUUAAGAAGCAUACUAACAAUGACAGAGAACAAACAGAUUUCUCAAUGGAGGUGUCCAAAUGCAUCCUGAGGGAGCUUGCAGCUGAACUGGACAGAUUGGUCCCGCUCAGAGAACUGCUUAUCCAGUCUGAAGUGAGAGAUGACAAAAUUCAUCAGGAAGAGAGCCAAACUCUGGUUCUGCAGUGGGCUGAUGAGCUGAACUCCCAACAGCAAAAGAGAAAACAAGAAACCACACAGGUGCUGACAGAGCUCAAGACAACAGAAGAUGAUGAAGAUUCCCAUAACCUGGACAAGGAACAGAGAUUACAAGAUGCGAAAAUGAUCCUUUCAGACUGGACCUGGAAACUUAAAAGCAAGGAGUCAGUGAAACUUGGAGAGGAGUAUAAAACUGUGUUACAGGAUCUCUGUAAACAGUGGAAGAAAGGGAAGCUGGUCAACAUUCUACCUAUCAUGGACUUCAUAAUCAGGAUUUUACUUCAGAAAAACAAGACUGAGGAAUCCAUCCUUAAACAGUGGUUUAGGAGUGAAAAGGUGUUUAGGAAAGCAGGGGGCUUGUAUAUCCCUAUUCCAGUGUGGAAUUGCAUCACAAGACAUCCAGCUGAAGUUAUUCUGGAUCCAGAAACAGCAAAUCCUGAUCUUAUGGUGUCUAAGGAUGGGCGCUUUGUGAGAACAAAGACUCACGAAGAAUCCACACCUGAUCCCUGGGCUGAAUAUCAAAGAAAACAUUCUAAGUAUGAUGGCUGGACGUGUGUCCAGGCUAAAAAGGGCUACACAACAGGCAGGUGUUAUUGGGAAGUUGAUGUGAGGGGGAAAUAUGAAUGGAGAAUAGGUGUAGUGAAGGAGUCUGCCCCACGACAUGGUUAUGUUAAAAUGAACACAACAGUAGGGUUUUGGACUCUGCGUCUGCAGCUCGGCUCUCUGAUGGCUCUGACUGAUCCAGUCACCAAACUCAAUCACAUUGCUCUCUCUAAGAUAGGAGUAAAUUUAGAUAUAGAGGAAGGCCGAGUUUCUUUCUAUGACUCAGAGAGAAGGAGACAUAUUUACACAUUUAAAACAAACUUCAGUAAGUCUGAGAGAAUUUACCCUUUGUUUGGCACAGUGGAGACAGACAGAGCACUGAGGAUUAUUUAAGUCUGGCCGUUUGAUUUCACCUUCUUUCUAGGUGAAACACUGACCAUUUUCAAUGUAGAGUUAACAGCCUUCUCUUUCCAAAAUGCAUCCUCUCUAACCUCACCUUUCUGACCUUUUCAGAACAUUACCAAUCUGACACAUCAAUAAAUCUAACAUCAGUUGAGCUCCUAAUUACUCUUAGAAUUUUAAUUGUUAAAACUUUUUCACUUUGUGUUUGACUUCACUGUCAUUUCAAGGAGAUACUUAUGUUUGCUGCAAAAAGUCACACAGCUUUUCAGCAGCAGGCCUAAUUUAUCAGGGUUCAGCUGAACAGUGAGAAUCAGUUUUUGUUGUAUCUUAACUGUAAUCCUGUAUUCAGCUACACCAUGAGGCUCCUAGAUCAAACAAAAGUCUUGUUAUUCAGCAUUCAGACUAGUCAGAAGUCUUGUUACUCAAUUUCUACAGUCUUCAACACUGGACCCUGAAUCCAGUUUCUGUAUCCAAGACCCCUGCAAGACUUGAAGAGACCUGAAGGCUUGUAACUUAGUCUCUGCAACAACCAGAAGUGUAGCAUGUAGUACGUAGCGCUGUAAUCUCCAUAGUCAAACACUGGAAGUAGAAUGGAUCAUAAUGAAGAGCUCUGUGACUCAGUGACAUUACAUUUCUGCCCUGCUAGAUCUGCUCCAGUCAAUUUUAAGUGCAAUUACUGUGCAGUGGAAGCAUCUAGGAGCAACAACAGCUUAGCCAUGAAGCAGUAGACCACACAAACUUAUCAAGUGAGGCCAUCGAGUGCUGAAGCACAAAAAAAGUGUGAAAAAUCCUCUGUUGCAUCACUUACUACAGAGUUCCAAACUACCUCUGUAAGCAACAUCAGCACAAGAACUGUGCAUUGGGAGCUUCAUAAAAUGGGUUUUUAUGGCCAAGCAGCUUCACACAAGCCUACGAUCACAAUGCACAAUGCCAGGCUUUGGCUGGAGUGGUGUAAAGCAGGUGGACACUGGACAGUGGAGUGGUGGAGACGUGUUCUCUGGAAUGGUUAAUCGUGCUUCACUAUCUGACAGUCUGAUGAACAAUUCUGGGUUUGGCAGAUGCCAGGAGAAUGCUGCGUACCAGAAUGCCAGUAGUACAGUUUGGUGGAGGAGGGAUGUUUUUCAGGGUUUGGGCUCAGCUCAUUAGUUCCAGUAAAGGGUAAUGUUAAUGCUACAUCAUACAAAGACUGUUUAGAUAAUUAUAUGCUUCCAACUUUGCGGCAAACGUUUGCGGAAAGGCCCUUUCCUGUUUCAGCAUGUUCCAACUGUGCCUAUGUGCACAAAGUGAGGUCCAUAAAGACAUGAUUUGAUUAGUUUGGUGUGGAGGAACUCCAGUAGCCUGCCCAGACCCCUGACCUUAACACCAGUAAACACGUUUGGGAUAAAUUUGAACAUCGAUUAUGAGCCAGGCCUUCCUGUCCAACAUCUGUGCCUAACCUUACAAAUGCUCUUUUGACUGAAUAGGCACACCGCACACCGGCUCCCUCUGCACUAAAAGCCAGGUUAGAUCAGGAGUCACAACCCAAAUGAUAAGAAGAGCCAUUUUGUCCUUUCAAC